GGGGAAUGUCCGACAACAAAUCGACGGUCUGUGAUACUCGACCGAUGGUUGAGGCGGUGGAGGAGGGGGGCCUUCAGAAACAACUGCAAGACGUUUGCAAAAGCAUUAAAGUCACCAACAUGAGAGCUGCCACACCGUACCUAUGUGCCCUGUACGUGGCCACGGCCGGCCACCAAGGGAACCUUCUAGGAUCUGAUGAACAGGAGAUUGUCUUGCUAAUUUACGUGGUCAUCGACAUGACAACCAAUACCGUUGUAGGCAUCCAGCAAUAUUUGGUGAAGCCGACCGAAGUUGACCAAAACGAAAACAUGCUGUCUGAUCAAGUCACAUCAGACAUAGGUAUCACUGAGAAAAUGGUUAAGACUUCUGGUAUUCCCCUGCAGGAUGCUAUCGACAAGUUCGACACCUACGUUAAGUCACUGAAUAUCGAACCUCAAACACCUAUGUUUCGAAUAGUAACAGAUGGACAGCUUCCAAUCCGUCAGUGUUUGCACCGGGAAUCAUCCAUUAAAGAUAUCGAACUGCCCGAAUACUACAACGUAUUUCAUGACCUACGGAAAGACUUCUCCAAAUUUUACAAUGCACCCCAAGACCAAACUUUUAACUCAAUUACAGAUCUGGUUAACUAUCUAGAAAUAACUCAUGAAAUCGAUUCUCAGUUCUACGUAGCCGAGGUCAAGGAUAUGGUAAACAUUGUCCAAAGACUCAUAGCUGAUGGCCACACGUUCAAUUCGCCGGAAAUCGUUCAGCUAAAACUAGAACCGGGUAUUUGUUGGAAAAAUGAAGAAGUAGAUAACAAUUGUGUAGUCAGAGCUAGAGGUCUUCCGUGGCAAUCAUCUGACCAAGACAUAGCCAAGUUCUUUCGUGGUCUUAAUAUAGCAAAAGGCGGUGUAGCAUUGUGUUUAAGUGCGCAUGGUCGUCGUAACGGUGAAGCAGUAGUACGUUUUGUGAACCAAGAACAUAGAGACAUGGCUAUGAAAAGACAUAAGCACCAUAUUGGUAGCCGUUAUAUCGAAGUAUAUAAAGCUAAUGGCGAGGACUUCAUUAAUGUUGCUGGUGGUAACAGUAGUGAAGCCCAAACAUUCCUCACCAAGGGUGCUCAAGUGAUUGUGCGUAUGAGGGGUUUACCUUAUGAUUGUACAGCCAAAGAUGUCAUUACAUUCUUUGAAAAUGGUGAGCAGACUUGUUCCGUAAUGGAUGGAGAAGAUGGUGUUUUAUUUGUUAAAAAACCUGAUGGACGUGCAACUGGUGAUGCAUUUGUUCUAUUUGCUGAUGAAGAUGAUGCUCCUAAAGCACUUAGUAAGCACAGAGACCUAAUAGGUACGAGGUACAUUGAACUAUUUAGGAGUACAACAGCUGAAGUACAACAGGUUUUAAAUCGUGCAAUGGAUCCAUCUGUACGAUCAACAGUUAGUGAUAGCAAUGGCAACAUAACUGCCCCAGUUACAACAACAGCUGGUGUGAAUAAUUCACCUACUGCACUUCUCGGGCAUGUGCCGCUUCUGCCACUGCCUCAACACGUCAUCACUAGUGGCACACGAAAAGACUGUAUACGCUUACGUGGACUUCCAUAUGAAGCAAAUGUAGAACAUAUACUUGAGUUCCUCGGUGAACAUUCAAAAAAUAUUGUAUUCCAAGGUGUACAUAUGGUUUACAACUCGGUGGGUCAUGCAUCUGGUGAAGCAUUCAUUCAAAUGAACAACGAGGGCAGUGCUGCUCAGGCAGCAAUGGCUAAACACCACAAUUAUAUGUCUUUUGGCAAAAAACAACGGUACAUCGAAGUGUUCCAGUGUUCUGGUGAAGAUAUGCAUCUGGUGUUGACUGGCGGAGGUGCUGCGUCAGGAGCUUUAUCCCCAGUAGCUGCCAAAGCGCUAUUAUCACCACCUGGUAUGUUACCUGCACAGCCUCUAAUGACCACCAACCCAGUGGCUAAUCCUGGUACCCCAGUCCCUACCCUAAUGCCCGCUUGGGAUCCAAUGUCCGUUUAUACCCAGAAUUUAGCCCAAACCCUAGCCCUCCAGCGUGCGGCUAUGGCAGCUGCCCAACAACAACAACAGCAGCAGCAACAACAGGAAUCAUGGUUGUAUCAAUUAGCUCAGCACAAUCAAUUGAUAAAUCUUGCUUUACUCACCAAACAGCAGCAAGACAUGAAUGGUGGUAUGGUACAACAGCCUAAUAUUCAGUCUAUAUUAUCUCCGAAUGCAGCUCAACAUUUAUUGGAUAAUAGUGCUCAAAAUUACAUGGCUAAAAGUGCAGCUUCGCCGUAUAUGUACUUUAAUAUGCCACGGUUUCCACACAACAUGGCAGCUAAGCCUUACGUGCCAGUUUCGGCUGCUGGUGGUCAGUUUGUCAUGCAGCCAACGGCCAAUUCACCACAGAAACGUUCAUGGCAACAAGCAUUUCCUGGUGGGCCUGAAAAUUCUAAUAAACGACAGUUUGCACCGCCGUCUGCUUCUGCUACUGGGCCCAUGUUCCCAAUGGGUCAAGGCCCUAACGCAGCUGCGGCUGCAGCUGCAGCAGCUGCCAUGGCCGCAUCAUCCCCUUAUCUACAACACCCUGCACAGUUUUAUACCAUUUAGCUUCUUUCCACCACUCUGUUCUCCCUCCCUCCAAUGUUAAUUUGCUAUUGUUAGUUUGGUUAUUAGAGCUUAUAACCGGGUACAUGGUUAGUGGUUAAUGGUUACACAAAAAUUUGUUUUUAUUUUUUUAACAUUAUCCGUCCUCUGGAUUAUAUAUUUUUCCAUUAUAUAUACAUAUAUAUUAUAUAUAUACAUAUAUACAAAAUGCACAAAGUGUACUUAAAGCAAUUGAGCUUAAAUCAUUUACAGGGUACUGAAUGAAUUUUGUAAAUUUAUUCUUAACUUUUUUUUAAAUUACUUUUAAUAGAUUUUAAGACUAAUUUUAAAUAACUAAUAUGUACUUAAAUAUUGUUUCCAAUUAACUCAUGGAAUUUAUUAGAUUAUGGACCACUGUCUAUGCAACUUUAUUCAAUUCACUAAAAUCAUUAAGUAAUUUUACUAAACAUUCCUUAAACUUCAAAAAGAUCCCAUUUUAUAUUAUUUUUAAUUUAAUAUCUUAUUGUUGUUAGGAUUAUUUGUUAUUUAUUUAUUUUCGUUUUUCAUCUGUCUUAUAGUUUUAUAGGCCCUGUUAACCUAUUAUUAUAGUUAUUAUUAUUAUUUAUAUUAUUAUUAUCAUUAUUAUUAUUAUUAUUAUUAUUAUUAUUAUUUUAGUUUUUUCCUUGCUUAACUAGGACUAACCUAAUGUGUUUAGCUUAAAACCUGUUUUAAUCACAUCAUUUGAUAAAAUGUUAUAUCAUUAGAUUAUUACUUAACUUUUUUGUUUUAAUUAGUUAUUUAGGCACUUUUAGACUUUAGACAUUUUUUUAAGUUAAGUAGUUAAAAAAUUUAAUUUUUUAUUUAUAACAUUAACACCAGUUACGUUUUGUUCAAAAGUCUCAGGCUUUCGCUAUUGAUAAAUUUAUUUCUUCUAUAUUAAUAUUCUGUUUCAUACACAUUGUGGGAUUGUUUUGCGCUUAGAUUUUAUUCUAUUAAAAGCUUCAUGUGGCCCAAUCACGUGUAUGGUGAUUGGAAGGGAAAUUAUCUAUGAAAUAGUAAAAUCUACAACCAUUAAUAAUAAUCUGUCAUUGUGGUAAAAUGGUUCUGGGGUUAGUACAAGCUUGGUGUUUUUUUUUUUUUGCAUGAUCAUUAUUAUACCUACUUAUAUCAUUGUUAGCACAUUUUGUUGUUGUUCUGUUCAAAUAUUUUAUUAAACCAAUACAUGUUGUUAUCAUUACUAUGUCAAACGUGCAUGCUACAUUUGACGUUUACAGCGACGGACUGUGUACAGUUAGAAUACUGUUGCAGGUGUAGUACUUCAAUUAAAAAAAUUUUUUUCAAUACUGCCGUUUCAUUGAUGAACAUCAGUUCUGUUUGAUAUUKUUAUUUUAUUGAAAUCUUUUAUGCUUCGGAUACAAUAUAUUUUUGAAAAUUUUUGAAUAAUCCUGUUGUUUUAUACUUAAAUGAUACCGGAGUCUUAAUUUGUACAUUUGAACAGAACAACUGGACCCUGUUCCCUGGAUUCAAUGACACUGUGUGGACAGAAAUAAAUUUACUGUAGCGGAACCUUGGGAUUUGUGUGCUACUAAAUAUUAUAAUAAAUGCUGUAUCUAGAUAGCGAAUAUGAAAUGUGUACAAAUCUUUUAUUGACCCGUUUUUUUUUUAUUUUUAUUAUUAUUUAAUAUGUUACGCAUUAAUAUUAAUAAUCAUAAUAAUAGACGAAUUAU